AUGAUCCCCGUCCGCCGCUCAUCAAUCAAAACCACCUCGAUCCGGAACCCCGGCUGCUGUUGUGUCUCCGGCACUGGCCCGGUCGGCUUUGCGUGCCUGUCGUUCAUCCAGAUGAAUGGCUUCCUCAUCACGCUCCGUCCAUCACAGUCCACGAUCGAUGUCACCUUAUUACCUCGCGUGACCAGGGACAGCCAGCCCCGGCGGACCGAUCUGUCAGCUCGCCGGAUACGAGAGCAGACUGAUAGUCGACAGCAAAGGGCCGUCGGCCAAGAUUGUUGGCGGGUUCUGAAGUCCGAAGUGCUGCGUCUAUUGCCUGAUUUCGAGAGUCACAGUCGCGUUGCCUACAUCCGAGAGUUCGAAUCGCCGCCAACUUUCAUCUUGCCUUCCCCCGCCAAGCCGCCAGACACGCACUCGCAGAUAGCGAGAUGA